GCACGACAAAGAACUAGCGGUUCUUUUCUUGCAAAACAAGCCAAACCCUACCUCUUCUUCACCUUCAAGCCUCGAAUUCUUCUCCGAAGUUCAUCGACGACGAGAAGCCCGAGAUGACGCCGGACGUGGAGAUGAACGAGGCUCCUCCGCCGCCAACGCCGCCGUCGCAGCAGCAGCAAUCUCCACCGUCGCCCUCCAUCCUUCAGCAUUUGAAGGAGAUUGCGUCGCUGAUCGAGAGCGGGGCGUAUCUCAAGGAGGCGCGCCGGAUCGUGCGCGCUGUGCGGCUUACUAUCAUACUGCGACGAAAACUCCGAUCUCCGGUGGUGGCCGCUUUCAUUUGCUCUGCCCUUCCAGUUGGAUCGGAGGCUCAUUCCAGGCUUUUGUCCUAUCUCCCUGAGGAAGUUGAGAAUGAUAUGGAUGUGGACACAGCAACUUCAGCAACUCAAGUUCCUGUUAAGCAUCCUGUACCUGAACUUGAAAUAUAUUGCUACUUGCUUGUGCUGAUAUUUCUUAUUGACCAAAAGAAAUACGAGGAGGCUAAAGCUUGUUCUUCUGCAAGUGUUGCCCGUCUCAAGCACAUGAACAGAAGAACUGUUGAUGUUUUGGCGUCUAGGCUUUAUUUCUAUUAUUCAUACAGCUAUGAACUUACAAAUAAUCUUGCUGAAAUCCGUGGGGACCUCCUUGCCCUACAUCGUAUGGCUACCCUACGGCGUGAUGAGUUGGGUCAGGAAACCCUGCUCAACCUGUUGCUUCGGAAUUACCUCCAUUAUAACUUGUAUGACCAAGCAGAAAAACUGAGGUCGAAAGCACCACGUUUUGAGGCUCACUCAAACCAGCAGUUUUGCAGAUACCUGUUUUACCUGGGGAAGAUUAGGACUAUUCAGUUGGAAUACACAGAUGCCAAAGAGAGCCUUUUGCAAGCUGCAAGAAAGGCACCUGUUGCAGCCCAAGGCUUCCGAAUUCAAUGCAACAAAUGGGCCGUAAUAGUUCGCUUGCUUCUUGGGGAAAUCCCAGAGAGAACAGUCUUCAUGCAGAAAGGCAUGAAGAAGGCAUUGAUACCCUAUUUUGAGCUUACUAACGCUGUGCGAAUCGGGGAUCUAGAGUUGUUUAGGACUGUUGCAGAGAAGUUCUCAAGUACCUUUGGUUCAGAUAGAACACACAAUCUGAUUGUUAGACUUCGCCACAAUGUGAUAAGAACCGGCCUUCGCAACAUUAGCAUAUCCUAUUCACGCAUAUCUCUGGCUGAUGUGGCUAGAAAAUUGAGAUUGAACUCUGAUAAUCCCGUGGCAGAUGCUGAGAGCAUCGUGGCAAAGGCUAUCCGAGAUGGUGCAAUUGAUGCCACAAUUGAUCAUGCCAAUGGAUGGAUGGUAUCCAAAGAAACAGGCGAUGUAUACUCCACAAAUGAGCCCCAGUUUGCCUUCAAUUCGAGGAUCGCCUUUUGCUUGAACAUGCAUAAUGAAGCAGUCAGAGCUCUAAGAUUCCCCCCGAACUCCCACAAUGAAAAAGAAAGUGAUGAAAAGAGACGGGAGAGGCAGCAGCAAGAGCAAGAGCUUGCACAACAUAUUGCAGAGGAUGACGAUGAUGAGUUUUAACUUUUUAAUCUAUAAUUCGCUCGAUCACGAGAACAGACCUGCAUUUCAAGGUGAACAAUCACACAUGGAAGCCUUUGUUAACUGUAAGCUUUCUCAUACAUUUGAAUGAACUUGACUUUACAGGCAUUUGAUACAACCCGAUGAAUCACCGUUUGACCUCGUCGCCUGUUUUUUUCCUACAUAUCCCAUGUGCUUGCAGAAUCCCUAUUAAUCUUGGGACUUUUGUGUUGACAUUUUUAGGAUUUGACCUCGAUCAAAUUAAAUCUAUCAUCCAUCAAUGCGUAAUUUCCAGUUUGGUUAUUUCCAUGAGUCAAAACAAUUGCCCAUCAUUCUAGAUCUUAUUAUCAGGUCCUUUAAUUGUACUCCAAGUUGAAUGAACAUUUUAUAUUCUAUCUUUUACCUAAGUUGUGUCUUUUAAUGUAAUCAUAUGCUGUUAUGCUUCA